CUCAGUUCAGUCGGUGUAGAGAUACGGUACCGAAUUGUCGCAGCGUAGUUGAAGUUGAAACGUUAAAAACGGAGCGGUUCAGCACAAUUUUAAAAAAGAUUCCCUACAAAUUAAGCAAACUUGGAAGUUUAGAAAUACGUGCUGGCAAGCACCAUUUGUCAAAUUGCAUUGCAUAGCACCUCAAUUCAACAGUCCACAGGCAACAAUGCAACGAUUCGGAUGUCAACGCCCUUUACUUAUUUUGGCACUUUUUGGAUUCGUUUGUUUGAGUCUCGCCGGUUUCGUAAGCGCUGUAACUCAAAUCAACCAAGAUAGCUAUAGUAGCACCGUAGUUGGAGAUGUGGUCGUAUUCAGAAAUAAAACUACUUGGCAGUGUGAUCGCGUUUUCUGUCCAAUAGAUACGGAGCAAUGUGUGGUAACAAAGUCUAUGUCGCCUGAUAGUUCAACGGUGCUGAUACGGAGAAAUAUUUGCUUGUCGUCAAAAAACGAUGCUCUCAUUGAUACAACUUUUAAUGAAACAGUGGAGCCAAAUACAAAUGUUGAAUUAAGAUUGGUUAGUACGAAAAGUGGUUCGUAUGUUAACGGAGGAUCAUCUAGCGACAUUAACAUCGCGGACGUGAAUCAGAUUAACGAAAAAAUUCAAAAAGAUGUCGAGAACAUUAUACGGCAAAGUACGCAGAAUGCACAAUUAAACCUUCGGAGAGCACAGAAUGAAGCACGAAGAAGUAUGCAGGAAGCACACCGCGAUAUUCAGAAAACAACAGAGGAAGUUCUAAGAAGCCUACAGGAAACACAUCGCGAAGUUCAGCGGGCACAAUUCGAAGCAGCGCAAUCUCUCAGAAACGUGCCCUUCUGGGGGUGGUGGUAAUCGUUAUGGAAUCCAGUGUGCACAGUCCCACACGGAAUCAUCCUAUACUACUGUAUAUAUAUUUAUAUGAUAUUUGAAUAAAUAAAAUUAUUAAACA